AUGGCACAGUCCGCUGGCGCCGGCGCUGCCGCCGUUUCGGCGGCGCCAAGGGCCCUCCUGCCGACUCCUACGUCGAACUUGGACUCGGCAUUCUUGUCGCGGAAUCGGAGCUUGCUUCUGAGGCAGAGGAGCAUCGUCGUCCAUCGGCGACUUUGCGGAGCAGGACGUGGGAGCAGGUUGCUGCCAUUGACGUCCCGCUCGCUCAGAGUGGCAGCUCAUCAGAGAGAAGGGACCUCCUCGAUCGGGAAUACUGCUCAGACUGUCUCGAGUAGAGCUCGUCGUUCCAAGGUACAAAGAAACAUGGAUUGUCUUUCAUUUGGGAGAUUAUAAGGGACGGAUUUUUCUUAAAGUCUCCCUCUCUCUCUCUCUCUCUCUCUCUCUCUCUCUCUCUCUCUCUCUCUUUCUCUUUCUCUUCCUCUCUCUCUCUCUCUCUCUCUCUCUCUCUCUCUUUCUCUUCCUCUCUCUCUCUCUCUCUCUCUCUCUCUCUCUCUCUCCCUCUCUCUCUCUCUCUCUCUCUCUCUCUCUCUCUCUCUUUCUCUUUCUCUUUCUCUUCCUCUCUCUCUUUCUCUUUCUCUUCCUCUCUCUCUCUCUCUCUCGAUCUGUUAGCCCAUCAAACCGUAUGCAUGCGACCUCCAAAAGUAAAUUCCGUUGUGUUUUUCUUUUCAUAUUAGUGUUUCCGGCCACUUGGGGUCCCCACUAUUUACUGUGUCGGCGUAGAAGUGAGAACAAGGAUCAAAGCGAUGGGAAUCUAUUACUUGCGUUAUCGGAAUUGGGAGAAAACUUGAAAAGGUUUACGUGAAGGGAAGAAAGAGUAAUGUGACUGGGGUUUUCCUCCGCCGAUCUUCUUCAUUUCUGCAAAUUUUUAGAAGGGUUCUUUUUUGGGUUCAUCGUAAUGCACUGAUUUGGUGGGUGAGUGGUGUGCUGCCUGAAGGAGUAUGGAACACAGCUCUGAAGUUGAACGGGAUCAUUGCUGCCGGAAGUCAAUCUCAGUCGUAUACUUCACCCACCUACAGAAUUGGAAAUAUGGGAAGUUAUAGAAGGGAUGAUAAAUUCUUGAUGACUUGGCUUGCAGAAAAGAUCUGUCGAAAGGUAAAUUAGAUGGCUCGAUGGGCCAAUCAUUCAUCAAGUGGAUAAAAAAAUAUCAUGGAUUUCGACGAGUAAAGUCGGUUGAGAUACAGAACUUGGCAGAAGUAAAUUAUAUGCUGUUAAAGAUGAAGACAUGCUUCGCAGAAGUUGGAGAGUAUUCACUAGCCACUAUUUCUAUUCAGUCAACUUGAGGCAAUGAAGUCACUAGUGAAUGAGUGAACGACACUUUCAAGGCAUUUUAGCCAUGAAAAAUGCUUACAAUGACUGUGAAGGGGCAAUCUUCCAUGGGAAACAAAAAUGUAUAGAACGGUUGAGGGCAUUUCAUUCAUUUUAUGAUGCAACCACCAAUGCAAGAAAGCCACACUAUUUGGUGUUGACCAUCAAGGGUCAAAACCGAGACUUCCAAUUUGCGAAAAUGAGUGGGUACCAUUUAAUUACGAAUAAAAGAAUAUUAUGAUGGCAAGUUUUGGAAGGUCGAUGAGACAUGGUAGAAAGUUCUGAUGAUCACAGACGGGCAUCACUAGUAACCAGAGUGAACAAAUGAUGUCUUUCACAAUAAUAUUUAUACUCUCCAGUAAUUUUUAAGACAACUUUUCUUUUUCAUUGAAGGCAUAGUCGCUUAUAUGCAUAGUAGGUGAAGAGUUGCAUCUCUUGAAAUAGGAAAUGGCACAUAAGUCAAAGAAGAGGCAUUCAUUGGAUUAAAGUCUUCAAUAAAACUUUUCUAGCAUAGCAGUGUAGAAAAUUUCGAGAAAGGAAACUGCCAUCUGGUCAAAGGUAAUGAAGUCAGACUACACAAGAUAUGAUGUUAAAUGGUGUGAGGACCAGAUCGUUAGCUGUUUAUUUUGCUAAUGAUGGGAAACAUUUGUAGGGUAAAUAAAUUUUUCUUCAAGAAAUUUUCUGUUGAAAAAUGGUAAAUACGUAGUUUAUUGGAGGAUAGAUGCUGACAACGUGUAGUUUUUCACACAAACCUUGAUCGAACUUGCUCUUUAUGUGUCCUCAAUUUGCCACCCAGUUUGAUACCACGAAGAAAAUGAUUGGGAUGGAAGAAGGGAGAAAGAAGAAGAAGAAGAAGAAUGACUACACUCAUAAUCGUGGAUGCUGGGGAUUAUUUAACGUAGUACUAUGACCAAGGGACAAAAAUGCCCCUCUCACAAGUCAGGAAGAGAGAUAAACAAUGAAGCGCCAGGGUUUAUAAGCCUGUACCAACAAUUAGGAAACCAUCUAACAGGCCAUUGCAGUCAUUUUAUGUUGUCAUGAAUACUUCUGAAAGGCCUGGUCCUGAAACUAGUAUUCAUUUCUUUUACAGGGUCUUAUAUAGAAUAAUUUGGAAAGGUUUGAUAGCAUGCUCCUAGAAUAAAAUAACUAUUUGAACAAAAUUCACUAAUUAGUUUUUUUCCUCAAUCUAGUCAUUUAAUAUGAAGCAUGUUAUUGGUCCCCUUGUUCUUCAAAUCAACGCAAGACCAUUGCAAUUUUUCAUAAACUAUCACACAUCACGUCUUAGCAAAUCAAAAUAUGAAUGAUUCAACUCAAACUAAUUCAAGAGUCACAAGCCAAUUAGCAUCAGUUUUUAUGAGUUCCAAAUCAAUGCUCCAAAAUAUCAUGACGAAUACUUCUCUUUCAUUGAAUAUCAAUGGCUGUUUGAGUUCAAAAAUGUAAACAUAAAAUCCAUCAUUAGAUCUAACGAAGGUUUGUUGCUUGUUCUUCAAAAGUUGAUUCACUUUCGUGAGGAAUUUGACAUGCUGUUGGGAAGGGUUCAGUGAAUGGAUGACAAAGUUGGGCUAUUACAAUUGUUAGCAAGAACUGUAAUUUUUCCCGCCUCUUUGUUAGGCAUAAUUGAUUUAACUGUUAGUUUGUUAUGAAUUGAAUCUCUAAUCUCAUUCUACUUAAAUUAUCACUGGAAAUGCUUUAAUUGACCCAAAAAUGUGACCUUUAUAAUUAUCAGUCCAUGAAAUUAAACAGAGGUUUUGCAUCUUUUCCAUUCGUUCAAAAUAGUCCAGUUUACGUUAAUAAUGAAAAUUUUAAAGGAGGAUACCGUUGGAACUGUUUCUUUGAGUGCAAUGUGAUGUUCAAAAUAGUAUGAUCUGUUCUCAUAAUUUAAGGUUUUUGUUUGUCAGACAACUGUUCUAUUCGUAAAUGCUUAUAUAUCGAAUAAAAAUAAUUGGUUUUAUAAGUAAAGUAUUAUGUUCAAAUUAUUUUUCUGACGAUUUUAGCAGAGCUAGAUGCUUAUUUGAUAUAUGUUUUUUUAUUCAUAAAUUCUCUUAUAAGUGGCGAUUUUAUUUUUAUGAUAAAAUUUAAUUUAUCUAUUCUCCUAAAUACUGCUUUCUUACAACAUUCCUUAUCUUUGAUUUGAAUACAUCAUUAGGUUGCUGACUUGAAUGAUAUCCUGUCCGAAAGAGGAGCUUGUGGAGUUGGAUUUAUCGCAAACUUGAAAAAUGAGCCAUCACACAAGAUUGUUGAGGAUGCUCUUGUAGCUCUUGGCUGUAUGGAACAUCGGGGUGGCUGUGGAGCAGAUAAUGAUUCUGGUGAUGGAGCUGGAGUGAUGACUUCAGUUCCAUGGGAUCUGUACAAUAACUGGGCUGAUAAACAAGGGCUUCCAUCCUUGGACAAAUAUAAGACUGGAGUUGGAAUGGUUUUCCUUCCGAAGAAUGACAAGGCUUUGGAAGAGGCAAAAAAAGGUGAUCUUAUGAUGGAUGCUGACAUUUCGUGUAGCAUCAGGUCUUUAUUAAAUGCUUUUACGUUGCAUUUUAAACUACACCAUCGUAUUUGAUUGUUCCUCACAUCUUAUGGCUUAUUUGAUGCAUUACUUCCUUUGUUUUAAGCAUAGUUAGAUUUUUAUGCUUGCUUUUAUUUGCAUUUACUCGCUUUUGAAAAUCUCAUGUUUUUUCAGAAUUAGGCUUGAUAUUUUGGAGCAUCGAUUUCUUCAAUUGAGUCAUAUCGUUCAACAUUUGACUUAUCAUGACAUGAUGCGUGAUGGUUUAUGAAAAAUUACAAAGUGCGUGUACAUUUGAUGACUAUUCGUUAAUAUGACUUUAGGUAAUAAAAUGGAAACAUAACAGGCGGUGAAAGAACCUAAUCAAAUCAUAGUUGAUAAUAUUUAUCUUAAAGUGAAUCCACUGGCCUAUCUGCCAUCCCAACUUCUCAUGACAUACAAGUACACAUAACAACACUCACGAUGAAAACUUCUCAUCCUCGACCAUUGAUUCUCUUGGCCAUUCAUCGUACUCUUUGUCCUCAGUCUUCGAUUUUCAUUCAGGUGCACUAUGAGUUCAUUACAUAGAAUCAUAAAAGUUCAGAUCUAUAAAGUUUAAGCCAUCAUUCAUUCUUAACAAACCCUGUACAAAUCAGACAAUAUCUUUUGAGGGAAGUGGACCUAGUCCUUUUUGUUUUAGUGCUAUAUACACGAAAACCAAUCAUAUAAUGCAGGAACAGCUCUAGUCUGAACCUUAUCCUCACAGUUCUACGCUUGGUCAUCUUUUCCCUGCUUCGCAACUCACAUCCGAUGAGAACCUCAUAGAAAACACGAGAUAUGUAGACUACAUUGUAGUUCAGGUACAUUUCGACUGUGUCAGGCAUAAUUAUUUGCGUUCUGCAUCAAAAUAGGCACCCUGAUCUGAGUUCACGUAUAUUCAGAAUGACAAACUUCUUGUCAGUGAUUUCUGAUUCCAUUCUUUUUGUUUUGGAUUUCUAUCUUUGUUUAUCAUUGUAUCGAUAUUGAAAAUCAUGUAUCCUAAUUGAUUAAGUCAUAAUUGGCUUCAUAUGCCAUAUUCAAGAAAACAAAACGCAUCAUGCCAGGCAUAACUCAGUAGUAACUUAUACAUGACAAAAAUGCCUCAAACUCGUAAUUCUAGAUUAAGCUGUUUGCAGAAUUGCCGUUGCUAACCAUAAUAAAUCAUGCCAACAUGGAAAAAACAUAUAAUUAUUAUCAUUACAAGGAUGUUAUCGCAUCAGAUCAGCACGUGUUGGAAGGCAUAACUCAUAAAGAAGUUGAACCAUUGUAUCAGAAAAAGCACGCAUAAUGUCUUGUAGCAGUUAUAAAUAAAGAUGACUGCAGAAUCAUAAUUUUCAGUCAACAUUGAUCAUCAAUAUAUGAAGAUCAUGUGAAUAUUCUAUUUGCAUUCAAAUAAUUGUAUUUUGUGUUAUCUAUAAAAUAUUUCAAGUUAGCACCAUAAAAAAUGUUGAGGUAAGGAUCUCCGUUAUAAUCACAAAAUCACGUUCGUGAAUUGGUUAAUGUUUGGAAAUUGUGGUGUGUAUAUUCUUCGACUGUAUCUCGACUGAUUGACAAAUUAUUUCCGUAGACAUCUGAUAUAAUCAUUUUAUCUGGUUUUGAAGCAAACUUAUCUUUUUUGCUGUUUUGAAUAAUUUGCCUGGUAUUAGGACAGUGAGGAGAUACAAAAAGAGCAGCAACGAGGGUGUUAUUUCAGUCUUAGGAUAGGAGUACAAUACAGCACAAGCUGUGGUGAUCGCAAUUGAGUACCAUUUAGGGAGUAGAAGAUGUUGAUGGUAAGAUGCAUGAUGUGGAAUAUGGGUGGAGUUUGUGAAAAAAGAAUUAGGGAAGAAAAUAGAUAAAGGUGAGUUCAGCUCGGGGAGAGACCAGUAAAGUUUUAUUCUUGUGGUAGUUAUUAUGUACUCUUGAAUCUAGGUGUGUAUGCUGGUAAGAAUUAUGUAGACAUAAGUGUGUGAGAAGAGUGCGUGUGGGAGAUAUGUAGGUAGAUUGGCGAGAGUAAGCCACCUUUUAUUGACUGUCAUUUUGAGGAAGUCCAAAUGAUUUAUUUGGUACAAUCGUGAACAAAGAAUUGAUUGUGUUUCCUGAGCAAUAAUACAUACUGAGCAUGUAUCAUCAACUGAUGUGGUAAAAUAAAGGAACAACCUUUGUCUGUCGCCUCUGGGAUUUCUUUCUUCUCCUUUCUUGUCAAUUGAGUCCCUGUAAAGAAAGAAUAGGUCUUCGUUGGGGUGAUGAAGCAGGAAAGGGAGCAUACUGUCUAUUUUUGGUAUUUAUAUAUUUUCACUCUGAAUUGGCCGAUCUCCUUCAAAUUGGCCAUUUCCGAGUUGCAAGGAAGGUAAUCAUGUUGAAGCCUUUUGGAUGUUAUAUAUGAAUUGCCAUUAUUCUACAGAAAAGACAUGCCCUCUUGAAAGCCUGACUAUUCUAUUUGUCUUUCCAUUAUCUGUGAUAUAUGCGUUGGUAUUAGUCUAUCCUUCUGGAUUGUGCAUUUAAAUUGGAGUACGAUUCUAAUGAUAAUUGUUUCUUCUUAGGAUUGAUUUGUGGACUAAAUUUCUUUGGCUGACCCCGGGAACAAUUUUAACAGAGUCCAAUUUUCCUUUCUCCCUUUUCAUAAGUCCUUUUGAUAUGGUGCAAAACCUGUUGUCCAUUUAUGCUGACAUUGCACAGUAGAAUAGUAGAAGUCAUUCUUUCAUUUAAUAAUACAGAGUAAGAAAAAUGAGUUAUAUAAAAAAAGAAGAGGCCAAUCUCGAAAGUUACUUCUCACUUUCCUUUCGUAAUGUGUUUCAUCUUGGUCCAGGUUUAUUUUUCCAGGCGGUGAUUUUACAUAUUUGGUUGACAUUUUAAUACCCAAUCAGCAAAUAUUCCUGCUUGAUUGAAUCUGCUUAUUCCAUACUGUUAUUAUUUAGCUGUCACUUAUCAUGCCAUUUUGUGAACUGAUUGAUAUGGACGCAAUUCAUCUUCUUCUAUUUCGGUCUGGAGCAUCUUUUUCUUUUGCUCGUGUGAACAAGCUUAUCCUUUUUUUGGUCAUGGUUGGGGUCCUUGACGCUGUGGCUUGUCUUGACAUCAAAGUCUUUUAAAUUUAGGAACGAAUAUCGUCACUUGUAUUUGCCAAUCUUCUUAGAUUAUAAUGGUCUCGAGACCUAUCCUUAGAUCCUAGUCUGCUGGUCAGUUAUGAAUUACCAUCUUUAAACUGAUUUUUAGCGCAUAUGCAGUACCUACUAUACUUUUGUGCAUCAAUAAAUAACAAUAUAAGGUUUUCUUUUUCAGUUAUUGCCAACACAUGUUUAAAGGAAGGUCUGGAGAUUGUUGGAUGGAGACCAGUUCCUGUGAAUGAGUCAGUGGUUGGUUAUUAUGCAAAAGAAACCCUGCCUAAUAUUCAACAGUUAUUUGUUAAGGUUUUGAAAGAGGAUAAUGUUGAUGAUCUUGAAAGAGAACUUUAUAUCUGUCGGAAGCUUAUUGAAAGAGCGGUAACAACAGAAGAAUGGAGUAACGAUCUGUAUUUCUGUUCGUUUUCAAAUCAAACAGUAGUAUACAAAGGGAUGCUUCGGUCUGAAGUUUUAGGGCAGUUCUAUUUGGACUUGCAAAGCGACCUAUACAAGUCAUCAUUUGCCAUUUACCAUCGAAGAUAUAGCACAAAUACUAGCCCAAGAUGGCCUCUUGCACAGCCUAUGAGAUUGCUUGGUCACAAUGGUGAAAUUAAUACGAUACAGGUUUCUCCCCUUGAUUUCAAUACAUGUUUAUGAACUUGUAUGUGUACCUCUGGUCCUGAAUUUGACAUAUUAUGAGAAUAUUAACUUUUUUAGGGAAACUUAAACUGGAUGCAAUCUCGAGAAACAACAAUUAAGUCACCAGUAUGGCGGGGUCGUGAAAAUGAAAUUCGACCUUACGGUAACCCGAAAGGAUCAGACUCCGCAAAUUUAGAUAGUGCAGCAGAAGUAAGUUCGUUUCUUUUAUUUCAUCCAUAUCACUAUCCACCUCAGGAUGAAUUUCAUGUAGGUUCAGACCGGCGGUCUAAAUGUCAUAUGCAUUUGACAUGCUAAUGUGUUUAUGGAUUAUUGAAAGCAUUGAUAUCCACAAACAUCUUUCCAAGUGCGAUGUGGUCCCCAAUAUUGCUGCUAGUGUUCAUGUUUGAAAUUAUGAUUUAUCAUUCAAAUUGUAAAGAUGUUGUUGAUUUGGUGUUAGGGCCUUGUCAUCCUUGCAGAGGAAAUCUUAUUCUGUAUCAAUUUGACGAGUGCUAGUAUAUAGAUGAAUGGUCAUCUCUAAUGAUUGAGGAAAACUCUCAUUGUAAUGCUGCUAAUGAUUUCCAUUUUACCGUGCUACAUUGAUUUCUUAGAUGGAAACCACCCUUCUGAACUUUUAAAUACGAUGGAAAAAAUGCAAUACUUUGUGUGAAACUUGUAAUCUCAGUUGAAAACCUAUAUACAUAGCUUCAAUGUAAGAGAACAUAAUCCUUCAUCUCCAUGACAAGUCCGAAAUACAAAAACACAAUUGCAUAGGUAUACAAUGCUAAAAUAACUAGAGCUCUUACAUGUCUGUAUCAAAACACAAGUUGUUUCAAAACUACAACGUUGGCUAUUCUUAAAUGAUUGUCACUUGGAUAUCAAUUUUUUACUAGAAAUUCAAUAAUAUCCUAACUUGGAAUUCACUUCUAAUUCUGAUGAUGAUGUUGAUGGCCAGUUCAUGGAAAUUGAAAAGAAAUCAAUUGGGACGAAGAAGAUAUAAAGUGAACUCUUUCCCCAGUGAUUUGGAUGACAGGUUGUAAUGUUCUACGUUGACAAACUGCUUCUGCCAUGAAUUUUGGCAGAAUACUGAGGAGAUCAGAUGGUUCAGACAAUCAUUUUUUAUUUGAAGAGGAAAUCUUGAUACAGUAGGUGUAGUCAUCAAUGAAGCUGAUGCAAUGCUUAUAGCUAUUUAGGAGGGGGGAAAAGCACGCUAAACACCUUAAAAAAUCUUAUUCAUUUUCUUUCGUGUUUCGUUUCCUCCUCUUUCAGUUUAGAGUGUAGUUAUAAAGGCAAUGAACUAUCGCAUGGCACUCAUAGUCUCAUCACCACUCCUCUUUCCUUUGUUACCAUUGAAAAUUUUUAGUCAGGUUACACCCCAAGGCUCGUAGUCUGACUUAUCUUCCUAUUUAUUAUUGAAGGACUUGAACAUCCUUUCCCUUGAUUUUACUAGAGGACCUCUUCUGAUCUUUGACAGUAAUAGAGUAGUUCGGUCCUCCUAUUUGCCUCUUAUGAGGUCAUUGCCACCCGCCACUUAUCACAUAUGCAAGGGCACUUCCCUAUUCGAGAUUUUGCAGUUGGUUGGGAUUUACUGUUUCGUCUGCCCAGCUCCCUCCAAAAGGUCUAGUAUGCGCAGGACAACUUUCAAAGUGACGUUGAUACCGAUGUUUGUCAUUAUUCCGUAGAGGUACAACUGUCUAACUCACAUAAUAAACACCCCUUUACCUGAAUAGACAGCGAUGGCCUAAGAUGUAUGUCUUGGGUCCAUGAUGUUAGGUCUGUAUGUUCAAUAGUCUAAUUCUCAUAAAUAGAUUCCUACUACCAGUAGCAUCUUUAUGGACAAAGAGAUAGAAUUAUUCUAUGUUGAAAAGGAUUGCAGAGAGAAAAUUGAGAAGGAUUUUGUUUCUUUGUUACGAGGAUAUAAAAAAAUAUUACGAAGCUUUUCACAUCAGCUAAGGGAAAAAUUGAAUAUAUCGUAAACCUUCAUAAAAAUAAGCAGUAAUGUGAAUUUUGUGACCCAAAGUUUACUGGUAUUUACAUUUUAUUAUAAACUAUUAAAUAUAUGUCUGGUUUCCUAUUGUGGCAAUAUUAGACUCACUUGCGAUGCGUGCAGGAUCCAUUUUUUAAGCUUUUGCUCUUCGUGUUUAAAUUUUUUUUUGCAUUCUUGUGAAAGGAGCACUCUGACUGGAUGUUGUUUAUCAAUAAUGUAUGCACAUUUCAGUUGAAAUAUCAAUCGUAGUUUUCUUGUAAUUCAGCGAGUUAAAACAGGCUACUUUGGCACUGUGCUACUGAGAAAGGUGGCGAUGUCUAAUGUAACACGCCUGUUACUUUUGUGGUUUUGUUUUUCUUUUUUUCUUUUAGCUGUCUUUGAAGACUUAAAAAUAUGUGAAAUAAUUGAAUAUGUUAUUUUAUCCUGUCUUUGUUUUGCAAUAAAUUUUGAAUCAUAUGCCCUUGCUCUAAUAACUCGCUCGCUUUUUUCAUAUAGUUGUUUUAUUGGGCUAAUGAUUGUUCAGUUUACAUAGCCAUUCUGUUUUGUGGUCAGUUGAUGCUUAGAAGUGGCCGUAGUCCAGCAGAGGCCCUUAUGAUUCUUGUACCAGAGGCAUAUAAGAAACAUCCAACACUAUCGAUAAAAUACCCAGAGGUACAUUCACAGAAAAUAUCCAUAGAUCUUAGCUGAAUUUCAUUGCUAAUGUGCUCGUUGAGUGGUUUUAUUAUGCUUUUUUUUCUACUAUAUCGGAAACUUAAAAUGUAGCCAAGUUUGCUGGAUUGAAGAUUAGUAACAUGUAUUUAUUAUAUUGUUUGGGCUCUCAAAAGUAAUUACUGUUCUGCAGGUUGUUGAUUUCUAUGACUAUUACAAAGGCCAAAUGGAGGCUUGGGAUGGACCGGCAUUACUCCUGUUCAGGUGAAAGGAAAAUUAUAUUGUUGAAGUUAUUAUUAGGGUCACAGAAUUUGAUGAAAGUCAGUUGGGUGUGUCAUUAUGGUUGUUGUUGAGCGAGAUUUGACCGAUCUCAGAUCAACCUGUUGACUAAAUGUAAAGUCAAGUAGUCAGAAGUUAUGUUUUUAGGAUUGAACUGGGCUUAUUUUCGGUACGAUUUUCCUAUCAAUGGUUUCUGUUUAGAACGAAGUUGUGAGGUAUUUCUUCCUGCAUUUUUUGGUUUUAUUGUUCGACAGCAAGGAUUCUCUGGGAUAUUGAACAAAAUGUGGAAAAGGUAAAUCUCGGAGACAUGGGAUAGGGAGAAGAUAAAAAGGGGAAUAAUGUAAAAAAUGUGAAACUAAACUAUUGGAAAAAGGGAAAACAGGAUGACAGAAAAGGAAAAAAUAAUAUAAACGAAGAAGAUUUUGAAAAAUCGAAGAAAGCAUGACUUUGAGGUUUUCUGGAUGUAGAAAAUAUUUAUGGUCCAUUUAAUUCGCCAAAAGCACAAAAAAUCGACACUAAGUUGAGGACUCCAUUGCAUGACUACUCAGAAAGUAGUAUUGAUGAACACGAUGUUCAUACAAUGUACUGCAGAUAGUUAUCAUUGUUUCUUGAACUGCGAUACUUGUGGAAUAUGAUUUUUCAUAGCGUCGUAAUUCGAAAUAAAUGAUAUUAAAUACGACAAUUCAUCAUUCCUUACCUCUUUCUGGUAUGAAUUAUCUCAGUAAUCGUUGUAACUUGUUCUAUUUAAACGGUUUCAAUGGUCGUUCUUUCCCUUGCAUGGUAACUGUUGCUCUCUUCUGUUGCAGUGAUGGAAAAACAGUAGGUGCAUGCCUUGAUAGAAAUGGUCUUCGUCCUGCCCGCUAUUGGCGCACUGUGGAUGACUUUGUAUAUGUUGCAUCUGAGGUACAUAUUUAAAUAUGAUUUUCUAUAUGUUUUGUUUCCUACUUAUUAACAUCAUUAUUAUUUUCAUUGCAUAUAUUUCCUAAGGAGAUGCUUUAAUCAUGGAGGAUUAUUAUUUCUUUCAAUGAAAAAGGAAGCAAGGUCCUGGAAGUAAUAUGAAUGAACUGGAUUAGCCUGGAAGGAAAAUUAAUCUUUCUGAAAUCAUAGGGACCUUGUGGUCGUGUAUUAAAGAAAGUUUGAAAGACUGUCAAGGGAAAACAAUAUUCUGCUGUCAUUACAUGCCUCGUAAAAGUUUGAAUUCAUGCUGAAAAAUAGGAAGAUAACAAAUCAUAAAGAAAUUUCCAAUGAAGAACUAAUUGGAUGUAUCCAAUCUCUAUGAGGCAUCACAUAGUCUGACGUGAAACACAGGAUAAAGCAUGCUUUGUAAGCCUUCGUCUCUUUUUUCAACGUUCACAUAAUCAUAAAUCAGUUCUCUCUCUUCUCUCUCUUCUCUCUCUUCUCUCUCUUCUCUCUCUUCUCUCUCUUCUCUCUCUUCUCUCUCUCCCUCUCUCUCUCUCUCUCUCUCUCUCUCUCUCUCUCUCUCUCUCUCUCUCUCUCUCUCUCUCUCUCUCUCUCUCUCAUGGUUCGGAAGUUUUUGAUGGUUGUCAUUCCAUUCUUUCUGAAGUUUAAUUCACGUUGUAUUUUGUCACAGAGAAUGCAAAGAAUCGAUAUGUAUAUGCUUUUAGUAUAUAGGAUACUAACAUUAAUGUAGUUUAGGGAACAGGUUGAAAAAUGUUCUAGGUAUCGUUUCGUUGCAUGCCAGAAUUCGGGAAUUGCAUGAUUCCAUGGUUUUCCUGUUAACAGCAGUCUUUGCAGGUGUUGCUGUGCCAGUGUCAAGGUUGAGCAGUGUAGUUUUUUCGUCUUUUGUUCCAAUGCAGAGGCAUGCCUGUGCCUGUACACCCAUACGACAAUAUAUAUACAUAUAUAUGUGUGUGUGUGUGUGUGUUGCGUGUGUAAAUCUAUUUAUUUGUAUAUUAUACUCAUUGCUCGGCAGUAUUGGGUAUGUCAAUAUAGCGAAAAACCAACUUGACUCUAAGUUUGGCACAUCCUUUUUUGGAUGAAAACUUGGAUGGAAAGAAGUUUGACUGCUUGCUACUGAGCCUAUUGGAUGUUCGGAUGAUGAAAUCUGAAUAAUUACUUCUCAGUGUGUCAUCCUGACCUGUGUCCUUUUGAGUUUUGUUUCUAUCUAUGAUAUAUUGAUCUAUCUUCCCCAGGACAUUUGGUCUACCUUCCCCUUAUACCAUUGGUAUUUGCAGAUGAUAAAUACAGUGUCCUGGAAAAGGGGUUUUUAAGUAAACUAUCUCAUGUUGAUCCUGCUGCUUUCUGCUUACAUGGAUGGCUUAAGAAAUUCAUUAUCUUCUUUUGAAGGUCGGUGUUCUUCCCAUGGAUGAAUCAAAAAUCACAAUGAAGGGUCGCCUUGGCCCAGGAAUGAUGAUCACUGUUGACCUACAAAAUGGUCAGGUCUGUAGUUUUAUUUUCUUUGUAAUGGUUUGUUUUUAAUAUUUUUCCAGGUGCAAGUUUAUGCUUAGAUUUGUGUUUCUAGCGGUCAAUUGACCUUGUGAAAGAGCCCACUUGCAGAACUAUGCAGAGAAUCUUUAUAUUUUGUGAAAUUCAAAACCUUUGCCCAACUUGUCCUUAAGUAUCCUCUGGUUUUAACCUGGCAAUAUUUUGGUAAGAGAAUCUGGCCAUCUUGAGAAUGUUUUUUCCUUUAUUGCCAAAUUUUUUAAAAGAAGUGAACUUGUUGUUUAUUGGCAUUGCGCAUUUUUAUGACUGCAUUUAUACGAAGGUGUGUAACUGGGUCUUGACUCACUACUUUACAAAUGUAGCGUGAUAUUUUAAAAGCCUUGUCUUCCGACUCCUUGCUUCUUAAGGAAAACUCUCUUUGUUCAUCUAGUCAGAUAUGUACCUUCUGUUGUCGUAGUUGAUUGAAGACAGGAAUGGAACAUUGGACCUACCUUCCUUGAAUAAUAAGAUAAUUCACUUUUUUAAGUGAAUGAAAAAUAUACGAAAACUGGUUAUCCCAUAAUCGUUAGAGUUGUAUUCUUUUGAACCGGUUUGUUUGCUUGUCUUUCAAAAGUUGUUGAUAACUGCGUCAUCUAUCCUAUUUUUAUUUUCCUGAUUGUGUAUUAUGCUGGCUUCUAGGUAUACGAAAAUACUGAUGUCAAGAAGAAAGUGGCAUCAGCACACCCCUAUGGCAAGUGGCUGAAUGAAAGUAUGCGAAGCAUGAAGCCUGUUAACUUCCUAUCUUCACCUGUAAUGGAUGAUGAGUUGGUUUUAAAGCACCAACAGUAAGGGUUUUACAUUAUCAUGCUGAUCCCUUUCAUCAAUUUCAGCAUUACGAUAUUAAAUCUAUGGUGUUGAUUCUCUUUUUACGUUGUCCUCUUGUGAGUUUUGGUUUCCAGUGAUCAUUAAUGAUUUUGCAUACUAAAAUUGAUUAAGUUAUUAGCUUGUUAUCUUACGGAUGUGCAUCAUUCGACUGAUGGUAUGUCUUGCCACGCUGGUGGAGAAACAACUGUUUGGGCACUGAUGUUGUUAGCUUUCAGCAUGCCUCAUGUGCACGAUUUCAUUUUGGUGAUAGAACACGUUGAUGGCGACAGAAGUCUUGUUAGGAAUCUUGUCCAGGCUGUAUCUGUCAAAAUCUUAUCUUACACAUUCCGAGUAUUUAUCCCCUUCUCGCAAUUCCAACAUCAAGGCAAACUUCAAGAUUAAAAACAUGUUGUUCUGAAUCUCCCACCAAGUAUAAUGAUUUGAACUUUGUCCCGCCCUCUCUUUCUCUAAGCACCUUCUUUCUUCCUUGCUUCCAUGUAUCUCAGCCUUCCUCCCAAUAAUUUGGUUAGCUGAAGGAAGGUAAAUAAACAAUCAAGUGAUUAGAAGCUGUUGCUAGGGUCCGGAACCAGUGACAUACUUUCGCAUGACAGAAAACGUUUUGUGGGAUAGAAGAGGAGUGAGCAUGGGGCUUCUAGUGCUGGAGUUUCAUCUAUCUCUGCUUCAUCAUUUCAACCACUUUUGGGUUACCAGAAUCUUGUGUGCUUCAGGCAGAAGGUUCUACACCUCAGUGAUGCUUUUUCUUAGGCACCUCACUUUGAAAUGUAAUCACUCUGUUGAAUCAACAUCUCUAUUCAUGUUGUCUCUAAGAAGGCAUCUGAACAGGUUGGCUUGGAAUUUGAUUAGAUUCAGCAGUCUACUCAGUCUCAAUUUAUAUUAGUUGCCCUGUUUUAGUUGCAAAGUAUUUUGUUUGUCCACAAUGAAUGGGAGAUGCACAACAGUUGGACUCGCAUUUUGAGCUGGAAAAUAAAUGUUGGUACUUAUGCACGCAUCUAGAUAGAUGGAUGGAUAGACAGACUGAGAGGAAGGAGAGAUAGAUCGUAUUUUUAGAUUGAUAAACUAGUUCAUUCUGGUCAUUUGUGCCUCGCUUGAGUUCCUGAAGCCUAGUUAGAGUUAGUCUUCAGUUGCCAAAACGGAAACGAAUUCGUGUCUUUCUGAGAGAAGUUACGUUAGCAUAGUUAUUUUAAGGGCAUUGGGAUAACUCAGAAAAUUGUAUCAUGGAUGAAGGCCAUCAUACCAUUCAGCAUAGGGAGAUAACUUUGAUGUCUUUUAGAGCAGGGCCAACGAAGAUAUCUCCGUUGGCCCUCACAGUUCUGUUUUUCUGUAAAAGUGCAUCAAGUUGUUGAGCUAUUUUGCAUGUACUUAUGGGACUGAUAGUGCUCCUUAUUCCUCAGUUCGUGUCAUGAUUAAUAGAUGAUUCUUCAUUCUUGUAAUGAAUAGACUGUGUGGAAGCUAUUAAUCAUUUCGUUUCUUUCCCCAGGGCCUUUGGUUACUCAAGUGAGGACGUUCAAAUGGUUAUUGAAACAAUGGCUUCACAGGGGAAGGAGCCAACAUUUUGUAUGGGAGAUGAUAUUCCUUUGGCUAUACUUUCUCAGAAGCCUCACAUGAUCUAUGAUUAUUUCAAACAACGAUUUGCGCAGGUUUACACAGCUUCAUGAUUUUCUAUGAAACUUUUUAUUCAAUUUGGUUAUAAUUUUUUUUGCAUGCAUCUUUCAAGUUCUGUCUUUUUAAUCUUCUGGCAUUUACUAUUUUGAGAUACGAUUUGAGUUUUAUUUUCCCAGAGGCUUUUCGUGUGGAAGACAAAUAUUAAAUGUUGUUUGAGGAAGUCUCAUUUUUCUAAUUAAAAUAUUUUUACUUCUGAAAGUUAUCCUGAAACUCCUUUGAUUAACUUCUUUUGAAAUACAUAAACUUGUGCAACACAUAGGUUCAGAGACUUGAGUUUGACGGAAAGUAUUUCGUGUCCAAACAACUUCAUGGAUUAUAGAUUUCUAUAAUCUGACAUGCUUAUGAUAUUAUAAUGUACGAUGAUAUGUUUUGUUCCAAUAUGAAAUUUGUGUUAGCUUAAAAUGGGUUUGCCGUAAAUUCAGGGUAGGCAUUGGCCCUGCAGACAAAAGGGGUGAUUUUGAAUCAUCUUUUGACCAAUUGUCUAUUUUGCUGCUUGUUUUUGGGGCAAUUUGAGAAGCUGCUCCUCUCUUAUGAUUGCCUUGGGCUUGAGGCAAGGAUGUUGCUUUUGGAGUGGAAUCACGAGAUUCAUGUCAUUGUUUGGAAUUUCAACAAUGGUACUAAGAGUAUCACAAGUUUCUUCAAUAACCGUGCAAGCUUAGAAUUGUGGACUACAAACCUGUAGCCGGAGGUUUUUAAUGCCUAUGAUCAUGCCUGGGGCAUAGUAUAUUCUAAGAGAUGGGCCUUUAAAUGUAAAUUUCAGAGAACUGAGGGAAAGAGGAGUGUUAAAAUUGUUCGAACUUCUGACUUAAUCAGUUGGGAAAGGACUGUUGUAUAUAUCGGGACUUUUGGCAUCACCCAUCUAAUGUAAGACUAAUUAAAAAGCUUGCUUGUAGAUAAAAACCUUUCUGAUCCACGUUAUGCAUGAACAGGAUCCAUUAGUUAUGCAAAGGCCUUCUAUCUGACAUCAGUUGACAUGCAGAAAAUUGAUCCUGACGUAGGCUUUUUUAACUGAUUCUGUAUUAGGCCACGGAAUCAAGACCAAGAUCCCGUUGUAUGGCCUGGAAAAUGCAAGGCUCUACUGAUGGACUAGAUUGAUCAAUAACUGGGGAAUAUACCUGUGAUUCGGAGCAUAAAACUGUUCUUAUUGACAUUUUGAGUAUGUCAUUGACUCACAAGCUGCGGCCUUCACUCCAAUACUAGAUAUGGGUAUACCUAAUUUUUCUAGAAAAUAUCAUCUGUCAUGAAAUGACGUCGUGAUUUUGGCAAUGUCUUUACCUCUUUAAAAUGCAGCCGCUCUCUAUUAUCCUGUGGAAUUUAUUCUUUUCUCUUUCAUCCGGUUGUAUACUUAUCCACCAAUACGUUAUCAGGUUACAAAUCCUGCUAUUGAUCCCCUCAGAGAAGGUUUAGUCAUGUCACUGGAAGUGAAUCUUGGAAAACGUGGAAAUCUUCUGGAGGUUGGGCCUCAAAAUGCUGAACAGGUCUGUGGCUUAAUCUGUUCUUGCAAGGAUACGGAUGUAUUUAAUGUCAUCGUUAUAGUCAUCUUUGUCUACAUUUCCUGACCUUCAUUUGUCUGUUGGAGAAGGUUAUUCUUUCGAGUCCUGUGUUGAACGAAGGGGAGCUUGAAACAUUAAUGAAAGAUACCGGGCUGAAGCCCCAAGUGCUGCCGACAUUCUUUGAUAUUGGCAAAGGUAUUGAUGGUUCAUUACAGAAGGCACUGGAAGAACUUUGUGAGGCUGCUGAUGAAGCAGUUCGUAGUGGAUCACAGCUGCUCGUCCUUUCUGACCGCUCUGAGGAGAUAGUAAGUGGAUUUUUCCUGUGUUUUGUAUUUCACCGUCUACUUUCCAGGAUUUAUGCACAAGUAUUUAUCUAUCCCCUUUUUUGGCCAUAUAACAUUCUUAAGAACUGCAUAACAUUUUAUGUUUUAAAAUUAUUUAACUGUAUCAUUCAAUAUUUUUUCCAUCAAUCAAUAUUAUCUGAUUUGUGUGACAAAAAAGUCUUCGGAUCCUCGACCAAAGCAUGUAUCUCAUUGGAUCUACCGGUGGAAAGCACCAUAAACUUUGAAUUGCUUUUCCUGAUGUAAACUAAUUAUUACUGACAUUUCUAUAUUCUUUGGAUAUCAGUGGGCACAUGGAAGUGAGUAGUGAUCACAGUGAAGUUUUCAUUACUUAGGAAUCAAUUGCUUGGAUGAUUUAGUUUUCUAUUUUGAUUUCAUAGUAUAUGUGAAGAUAUGUCUGAAUUGAUGGGUUUUCCCCAGAAUAUAUACAUUGACACCAGAAAGGAAAAAGAAAACCAGGCACUGAAGUUAUCUUGAUUUCAGAAGGAGAAUAUCUUUCUCACAGAGGCGGUGGUCAGUUAUGAUGAAUUCCACUUCAAGAUUAUGUAGGGAGGAAACUUGGAUGUAUCUGGGGAACAUACUAGACUUUGAUUGCGAAUCUUUAUGUUCGGAAUAACACUUUGGUGGACUCACCCCAAACGGUGCUUUGUGGCAUGCACUCGUGUGGUAGGUUGUUGGAACAAUAGACAACUGUGCUUGUACCAAAUAUAUAGUGAGCGACAUGAGUCUGUUGUGGCAUGUGGACCAUCUAAGUCAACAGCUCUUCCCUCACGUGAGCAGGAAAGAACCGCUGUAUAUUUAUUGUUUAUUGGACUUAUAAUUUUUUUUGGAGCUUUAUUUUGUGUCCAACUUAUGCGGGGUCUCCUUUGGUUAGUUCGUUGUCAUCACUCAUUUAUUUUGUGAAGUUUGGCCAUCAAAAAUCUGAAAGUUGUUUUUAUUGAAACAUUAGAAAUACUAUCACAUAACUCCUAAAUUGGAAGGAGAAUAAAUUGAGGACAUCGAAAGUAAAUUUUUCGAUUUUGGUUGUGACAAAUCAUUUAUAGUCGUAAUAGAUCUCAAAAACUUCAUCAAGCAAUGAUUAUCUCAGUGUGCUAGCUAUAGUGAGGAUCUUCCACUAUUGCCGGCUAAUUUUAUGCUGUAUUUUUGUAGCUUUACUUGUAAAGUAAUAAAUAGUGGACGUGGAUAUGGUACAGAACAUUGCUAGGAUGAGAAGAAGUCAUUCGAAGGAGAGGGGUAUUGUAAAAUGGAAUGAGCGUCACACUGAUAUGAACGACAUGGAGGUAGUAGUCAAUAGACAGGAAAAGAAAUGACUUUGCUUCCCAAUUCCAUAUGUUGUAGGUAAGACAAGGAUUUUAGUUACUGGAUACUGGUCUAGGCACAUGAGGCUAAUUAAAGGGGACUAGGAUGUGAUAGAAGUUGUUUGCCAUAGGCAGCCAUUGUUCUGACUGGAAAUUCAUGGCAUCUAUAUUGGAUGGUGGCUGCUGGUUGCAUCUGGUGAUGGUUGAUAAUGAUAGCUGUUGGUGGCACGUGACCAGAAAACCCACUUCGAAAAACUUACCUAGUUGCGUGUUCUUGGAGCAUCCUAAAAUACAAAUAAUGCGGGAUCUUCAUGUGUUCUAGGAGAAAAUUAAUUAUGCAUUUAGUUUAGAUGUGAAGACUGUUUGCUUUAAAUGUGCUAAAAUACACCAUUUCUAUUGGGCAAUAGUAACAUUUCUCAUUCCUCUAGGGAGAUAUAAGCAUUCCUUAAUUUUAAGAACCCUUCUCUUGAUCCUAUUUCUUUUUCAGAGUCGAUUAUUUCCCUCCAAAAGAAAUUUGAGAAUAGAGAGAAAAAAAGUUGAAAAGAAUUAACUUUCCAAAUUGUGAGUUUAAAUACGCCGUCUCAUUGUUUAGCAAGACUUAUGCAUCUGUAUGUAUGAAAUUAUAUGGCCAUAGAAAAAUGUUAUCUAUCUUUCCAUUAUUUGCAAUUCAGAUUAAAAUGUUGUUUGAACGAGAUAAUCUCCUCGAAACAUAUAUUAUAAGAUAUUGAAUUUUGAAAUCAUUUAGCCAAGCAUAAGAAAGAUUAUCUACUUUGAAUGCAACUGAGUGAUAUAGAAACUACCUGAUGCCUGUCUACACUAUCAUCUGAGAGUAUAUGUAUUAUUUCCUGGAGGACCACUUUUGGAUGAUUUCAAUCUUGCAUAAUGUUCAUUCUUGAUAUGUAAGUAAAAGCCUUUUCGUCUAUGCUUGUUUUUGUUACACCAGGAACCAACUCGUCCUGCUAUUCCUAUACUUCUGGCAGUUGGUGCUGUUCACCAGCAUUUGAUCCAAAAUGGUUUGCGUAUGGCAGCCUCCAUUGUCGCUGACACUGCUCAGUGUUUCAGUACUCAUCAAUUUGCUUGCUUGAUUGGAUAUGGAGCCAGGUCUCAGUCUUCUUCUUUGAUCACUAUUUUCUGUCAAACUUUCAUUCCUGAGACAUAUUUGUUCAGAAUGAUACAACAAGACCAAUGAAUUUAUGUUAGCCAGAACUAACAUAAAUUUCAUUGGUGAAACUUAUGUUCUUUAUUUUUCUAUUGUUUAAAAUGCUAUUCGUCGUUUUUUGUUUAUUAUACAUAAUCAACAUUUAGGGAUGGUUACUUGAAGCUAGAGUUAAAUUGUUGUUAUAGUCAGGAAUGGUUUCCAUAUUGCUGUUUUAUAUUGAACUAAUACGUUUACAUCAAAAUAAAAAAUAAGCAUAACAUGACCUCCAACUUCGUGGAAAGCCAUGAGCCUUGACGUCUGGUGUUAUUGUUAUUUCAUGGAUUAUUGUAAUAAGGAUGCAACAUAAUGAAGUUCAGACAAAUUUCUUUCCAUUUAAUCGUCUAGUUGUAGUCAUAAAUUUCAAUUAUUGGAAGUAGAUAAAAAUUACCUUCGUGAGAUGAUUUACGUAACUAAUUAGGACAAUCUUUUCUCUUACUAAUUUUAAGACUGCCCAAUGUCUUAAUAUGUAAUCCCUAGUCAUAUCUACAAGAAACUGUGUAAAAAUGGCGGUUAUAAAAUAAUAGACCAGUGAGCUGCAUGAAGGCGUUAACUAGAGAACCUGAUAGGAAACCGGGUUGAUAAUUCCUCUGAUAAUAUUUUAGUAUGCCACUUUAUUUGUAGUUCGCAACUGGAGAGUUUUGGUCUAUUACAAAAAAUGAGAGAGGGGGAGAAAGAGAGGUGAUGCAUACACGGAUGGAAUGUUAUGUUUCUGGUCUUCUGUAUGCGGUUGGAGAUGCUGUGCAUUGCAUCCAUCCAUAUUGUUUCUUCAGAUGGAACACAUUUGAUCAUUAUAUGGCUGCUCGUUUGAAGUUUAUCAAUGUAUGAUAUGGUUUCUGCACCUCUGUUUAUCAUUAUUUGUCCAUUAGAGUCUCUUAGUUCUCACAGGCUUAAGCAGUUGCUAACACUUGAGAAACAUUUCCAGUGCAAUUUGUCCAUACUUGGCAUUUGAAACAUGUCGGCAAUGGCGGUUGAGUACAAAAACCGUUAAUCUUAUGAAGAACGGGAAAAUGCCUACUGUGACGAUGGAGCAGUGUCAGAGGAACUUUUCCAAGGUUAGGAUUUGUGUGAGACUUAUUUCAACAAUUUUUUUUCUGUUUCACCUUUUGUCAUUUUUUCUCUAUUAAAUAUAUCAUAAUUUUGGGGAAAGUUACCAAAUUUAGUUCUUAAGAAAUGUUUUGAAAAUAAGCUCUCCUCACAAAAGGACUCAACAGUAAAUUCUCGGUUGGAUCUAUCAAGAUUUCAGACGAUCAAUGGUUCUACUUGUUCGAUAAUAUGUUCAGAAUUAGAUACACCCAAAAAUGGCAAAAAUAUUCACCUUGAAAAUAUGGGUGGAUCCAACAGAAAGAAACAAAAAAGUAGAUUCUAUGCUUUUACAGUGCUACUGAAGCAAAUGUAUUCUCAAGCCAAUCUUUUCUGAUCUGUGCUUGUUGGAUUUUCAGUUCUGGCAUUAUUGCUUUUUUUAAAUACUCACAUACAAAUGGAUGCCUUUCUGCGGCUACCGAAAGAACAGAAAGAAUGGCCAAUUCUUAAAAUAUUCGCUAAAAAAUGCUACAUCAUUUGCACGUCACGUGUGCUAAAGAAAUCACUGUUCUAGUUCUUCUUCAUAGUCUGUCUACAAGAUCAAAAAAGUUUCACCUUGUCUUUUAUAUGUCUGCUGCAUAUGAAAUCAUUUAAAGGUAUCACUGUCGAUGGUGUUCAGUCCUGUCUCGUGAUCUUCUGUUAUGAAUUAUGAACGCUAAAAGUUAAGGUCCGAAUACACGGUCCAUCUGAACUAUGAUAAAGUCCAUCUCCAGCACAGUGAAAGUGCGAGUUUUUAUACUACUAAUUCAUUUUCUCAUCUAGUUGUCUCUCUAUAUGAUACGUCAGUCUUUCUGUUAGUCCAUGAGAUAUCAAUCUAUAUGCCAAUUUAUUACACAUUAUUGAGAUCAUUUGUAUCUUGAUAUUGACUGCGAGUAUUAGUUGUACUCCUUCAAAACCUAUGGCAUCUUAAUGUGUCAUUUUUCUGUAAAUAACUGUUCUCUUUUAUCUUUAUGCUUGAGGGUCAGUUUGUACCAUUAUUCCCUUCAUUAUUAACAUUUGUCUCUAGUGUAUAAUUUUGGGCAUCUGCGUGUCUGAGUUCAAGGCUUUUUUGUAUAGAUGUCCUGUUGUUCACACUUUACUGGGGUAAUAUUUUCACUUCUUUUCUUGAAUAUCAUCAGGCUGUCAAAUCUGGUCUUCUCAAAAUUCUCUCAAAGAUGGGUAUCUCCUUGCUCUCGAGGUCUGUUACAUUACCAUCUUAUGAAAUUUUUCUCUUUCUGUUCAGACUUUUACGAUAUACGAUGGUUAUUUGUGUAUAUUUUCCCCCUUGCAUCUGGUUAUUUUGCCAGCUACUGACCAGCUUAUGCUUUAAUCAGUUACUGUGGAGCCCAGAUAUUCGAAAUUUAUGGCCUUGGGCAUGAUAUCGUUGAUUUUGCAUUUUGUGGAAGUGUCUCGAAGAUUGGUGGCCUCACCUUUGACGAGGUAAUUGCCAUUUUGGGGAAUCUUUUGAGGAAACAUUAAGUGGACCAAAACUUCAUAAGUGACACUUUACGGUUUAUCCAUGAUAGAAAAGUUUCAAGGUUGAUGCAUUUGCUUCAAGAAUAGUAUCCUGUUGCAUUAGUGUCCAUGUUUUCAUUCGUCCAAGCUUGAAGUGGAAAAGUCAUCAAUCCCAGCUUUUCAUCUCUUGCGUUUGAAAACCAUUUUGAAAGCUACUUUUUUCUCCAGGACCUUUUUGAUAUCUCUGUUUCUCACAGGUUCUUGGUACGGUAUGGUUUCAUCUUUUUAAUGAUGUUAUUGCCUAUAUUUCUUUUUUCUCUUGAAGUUGGCGAGGGAAACUCUGUCCUUUUGGGUGAAGGCCUUUUCAGAGGAUACAGCAAAGAGACUGGAAAAUUUCGGUUUCAUUCAAUUUAGACCUGGAGGUAAAAACUGUUCUAAAUGCAAGUCCCACUACUAUUGUAUCUCUGAUGAUAAUUUUGUACAUCAUUACAUUUCUGCUCCAUUUUAUCAUCCCUACAUUUCACCUGUCAAAAUGGUCCGUCCCUCUUUCCAUGUGCGGAUUCAGGUUUAAGGGGUCACAGGAAGCCUUACCAACUGUGCGAGCUGAAAUUCUGUUAUAUGUUGUCUUUUUGUUUAAAUUUUUGCCGAUUUGAUAAUAGUUUUGCAUAUGUCCGUCCAUCAAAGUGUCAGAAUUUUCACUUACUAAGGUGAUGGUGUCCCUCUCUUACAGCUCUCAAGCUGGAAUAUAUAUAUCAAGAUUUGUCAAGAUUCUGCAUUAAAUAAAGAUGACUUUUUGUUUUUGGACUACCAGCAAAAGAAAAAAAGAAUAGACGCUGAAGGUAGAGUCGAGUUGAGUAGGACUAAUAGAGGCAAAAGCUGAAACUAUAUAGCACCAGGCACCGGAUUUGAAGCCAGCGCACUAAUUACGGAUAUUGAAGCAAAAGUAGUCGAUACUAGAUUUGAAGCUAGUGUAGUAGAGGAUAACAUUAAAACAAUUGUAACAGCUGAUAUUGAUGUCAGAGUAGCAGACAUGAGUUAAAGUUAGUGCAUAACACUGUAGCCCUUGAAGCAGAUGCAGUAUAUAAAGCUAGUGUAACAGAGGUUAGGCAUAUUUAUUGAUAUUUAACAGUUGUUGUCUUUAGCAUUUUUGUCAUCAAUUUAGCAAACUGAUAUUUUCUUUUGAAAAAUCGUGUGGAAAGAAAAAUGGACAUUGUACUUGUGCUUCUGUAUUAUGUGCCUACUAUGAAACGUACCUAAUCGCUAUGGUUUACCUCUUCAUCCAUCAACCUUGAUAACACACUGAUUGUGGCAUUUUUUUCAUGCGUUCAUAUUUGCUUAGUUGGAAAUGCAUUUUUCACGGAAUCAUGCAAUAUUUUUUGGCCUCUGUUUUAUUCACCAGGUGAGUAUCAUGGAAAUAACCCUCAGAUGUCAAAGCUGCUUCACAAAGCAGUUCGUCAAAAGAGUGAAAGUGCCUAUGCAGUCUACCAGCAGCAUUUAGCUAGUCGUCCUGUUAGUGUAAGUUCAUCGUUCACUUGUCAAAUUUGCAUACCCAACAAUAUCUAGUUGUCAACGUUCUUGAUUGAUUAUAUGUUGUGUUCAGUAGAGUACGUUUCUAUAACAAGUUUGACUACCUAUGAUAGGUUCUCAGAGAUCUUCUUGAAUUCAAGAGUGAUCGAGCACCAAUUCCUGUUGGGAAGGUUGAACCCGCCUCUUCAAUAGUUCAGCGUUUCUGUACUGGGGGGAUGUCUUUGGGUGCCAUAUCAAGGGAGACCCAUGAGGCUAUUGCUAUAGCAAUGAACAGAUUAGGUGGAAAGUCAAAUUCUGGAGAGGGAGGGGAGGUGAGUAUAUUUUAUUAAGUUUAUAUGGUAUCAUAGACAAUCUAUUAUUGAUGAAGUCCUUAAGUAAAAUACCGAGUUUGUUUAAUUUAGGACCCUAUCCGUUGGAAUCCACUGACUGAUGUCACUGAUGGGUACUCCCCAACCCUUCCACAUCUCAAAGGCCUUCAAAAUGGGGACACUGCUACAAGCGCAAUCAAACAGGUCCGUUUUUCUGCUUUUUUCUUUGAUAUUUCUUUAUCUUCUGUUCCGGGUGGAGUUGCAUUUUUUUGUUAUUUGAAUGAGUAUAACGGCCAAAAGUAAACUUUGUUGCACGUAUUUCGAUAAUCUUUUUGCGGUUAAUUUCAGGAGUAACUAUCCCCGAACCAGGCAUGUGAAAACUCGGCCUCAAUUUAAAUUUUCGGAGUAAACUUAGAAGUGGUCCAGAGCCUCAACCGGCCUAGGUUAUUAGUCCCAAGCCACCAGAGUUUUUUUUAUCGUGUGCAAUUAGGCCUGGUUUGACUAGUAGGAGAUUCGAGGAAAGGGCAAAUAAUGAGGAUGGUGAAAGUUAUCAGGUUGAUAAGCUGGAACUGGGUCAAGAUGAGUGUGAUAACCCAGUGGAGAAGCAGGAAGAUGGGAGAUCAGGGAUGACACAGAGGAGAGAGAGAUGUGUCUUAGUGAGAGUAGGUUGAGGACGAAGUCUGGAAGAGGAGGGAGAAUUGAAGCCGGGAAGAAGGGUUGGAGGAGAAGGGAAUUUUGUAAGACGGAAUUUGAACGAAAUCGGGGACUGGGAGUGGGGAUAUGCAAAACUAUGCAAAUGUUUCGCCCCCAACUCUGCUAGGCCUGGUGAAUGUCACAUUCAAAGUUUUUGUGGUUUAUCGCUCUGCUUCUUUUUUCUAGAAGGUUUUCACUGAUGUGAUUAUAAAUUAACUCUUACUGUUUGACUUCUUACUUUUGCUUCUUUACUCCGGUACCCUCCUUCAAUGCUUCUGCAUUUUCAUGUCAUUCUUUUUGAUUUCUUAUGAUUUCCUUCUUCUUUCAUUUUUCUGAAGAAAAUUCCCUGAUUUUUAAUGAUCUUUCAACUAAUGUUUAUUUGGUUACUUUUUUUUUCUGUUAUCCUGACAUCUAAAUGGUUUAUGUUCGUGUACAGUUUCGCCUCUUUUAUUUUCAGUUUAACACUCACUCAAGAUAACUAUUCCUUUUCCUAAAGGGGGCAAUCGAUAGUUUCAAAUUAAUCUUCCCCAUGUUAUGACCUCCAUAGCAGCAACUGAUCAGUCCUUUAUGGCAUUAAAAUUCUUAGUUGUUUAUCUUUUCAGGUGGCUUCAGGGCGUUUUGGUGUCACCCCGACAUUUUUGGUAAAUGCUGAUCAGUUGGAGAUCAAGAUUGCUCAAGGUGCCAAGCCUGGGGAAGGUGGUCAACUCCCUGGGAAAAAAGUUAGCGCAUACAUUGCAAGACUAAGGAAUUCUAAACCUGGGGUACCGCUUAUCUCACCACCUCCCCAUCAUGAUAUUUAUUCUAUUGAAGAUCUGGCUCAGCUGAUCUAUGACCUUCACCAGGUAACCUUAUAUUUUAGUCAAACUUUGAUGUUCUUCAGUAGACGUGUUGUCAAUCAUCAUAUUUCUGUAGGCAAACUGUUCAACACGGCUUUUCUUUGUUCCAAAACAAAUAUAUAGCAAUUGCUAAUUCCUGCCUGGUGAAUUAGGUCAAUCCCAAGGCUAAAGUAUCUGUGAAGCUUGUGGCUGAAGCUGGUAUUGGAACAGUAGCCUCUGGCGUGGCCAAGGGCAACGCUGAUAUAAUACAGGUAGGAAUCUCCACCUUCGGUUUAAGUUGAUUUUUUUUACUUUUUAUCUUUCAUCAUGCAUUUUUUGUAGUCAUGAAGCCAUAAGGUUUUUGGUCAUUUGUUUGUCAUCCUUCCUUCAGAUCACACCUCAAAGUUAUCUCCUAAAAUUACAGAUGUGUAUUAAACAUCGUUAUUUUCAGUAAUUUCAUCAAUGUCAUCAAGGCCACAUUCAGGGGCCUCUUGAAUCCUGAAUCAAUCAGAACUUUCACCUUUGAUCAUCGGGAUCUGAUAUAUGGGAAUAGAACCUCAUUCCAAUUGCCAAGACAUGUGAUUUGUUAUUCCUGGGACUAUGUUUUUUAAUUUACCAGUUCAUGAUAUUCAUAUUUGCAAUAUUAGUUUUCUGGGCAAAAGUUCAUAUGGGCGUACGCUUUUUUUAUUGUGUAGAGAUUAUUUUCUUCGUAAGCCAAGAUGCUAUGUACCCUAUCAUGCUCCUGUGUGAAGUUGAGAGUCACAGUUCCUCCCGGUUGCUCGUAAAUAUUGUAGUUCCAUCCUUAGUUCUGUUUCAUGGAUUUAACUAUUAGUCAUAUCAUUAAGUUUUGUGGCCAAUAUUUUAUCGUUGAAAUUCGGACUUGUGUGGACUUGUUUCGAUUAGGUUCUUGAGUGUAAAAUGAUUGAUAAUUCGUUGACUAUUUGCAACUUGUUUUACAUCAUACUUGUUGAUCAGGCAAUUCCGAUCAUUCUUGACACAAUUUUUAGAAUUAUUCUUGUGAAGUCCUGGUCCUGCCUAUCUUCUUUGGUUUCUAAGGUUUUUGGGCAUAACUGAUGUUCCUGAGUCUGCAAAAAUUUUCUUGUGAGUGGUCAUAUUCUUAAAUGUAUACAGACUCACAACAUAGAUAAUCGUUUCCAUUUUCAUGUUACAAUUUACAUUGACAAUGAUGAUAGACAUUAUUUGCAACAGGUAAAAAUUAAUUAGUUCUUUUUGCACGUAUUUCUGAUGACUCGACCUUGAAAUCCCUUUUUCUGAUAAUAGCCUGUUUUAUGACUUUAUCCUUGUUAGUGACUCUCCGUCAGUCUAGGUUGGCAGUAGGUUCUUUGAAUUCUUGAUGUAUUCAAUUGAACAGAAACUAUACUGUCUGGUCUUUUGCUAUUACUGUCAAGGUCGCAACUGCUGUCUGAUGCGUAACGAAUAAUUAGAUUAUUCGAUGACACGUGGAAUAAUUUGCUAAAAAGGAUGUCACGCUGAGAGCUUCUCCCUGUGGUAUAACAGAUAUCAGGACACGACGGAGGUACUGGAGCAAGUCCUGUGAGUUCCAUUAAGCAUGCUGGUGGUCCAUGGGAGCUUGGGCUUGCCGAAAGUCAUCAGGUUUCCUUAUAAAGUUCUUUCUGGUGUAGUAUUGUCUUAUUUUAAUUAAUUUCAAAACAUUUUCCAUGACCAAAAUCAAUGUCUUCCGCAGACACUAAUUCAAAAUGGGCUGAGGGAAAGGGUCCUUCUUAGAGUUGAUGGUGGAUUUAAGAGUGGAGUUGAUGUUCUGAUGGCUGCAUCAAUGGGUGCCGAUGAGUUUGGCUUUGGUUCUGUGGCAAUGAUUGCCACGGGGUGUGUGAUGGCACGCAUCUGCCACACAAACAACUGCCCUGUUGGAGUUGCCAGUCAGGUAUUUCUUGCUGCAUUUUUCUAGUUUCUCACACGUCUGUCUCUUCUGCUGAUUACGUAGCCCUAAUCCACUACACCUGCAGAGAGAAGAGCUUCGUGCCCGUUUUCCUGGUGUCCCCGGGGACCUUGUCAAUUACUUCUUGUACGUUGCCGAGGAGGUAAUCUAUCUUAGUCGUAAAAUGGGUGGAGCCCACCGUUCCAGUAAUUCAUUGGGACUUUCAAAACUUUGCUCUGAUCUCCGAAGUUUUUGUCAAUUCCCUGAACUACACAUUUAGGUUCAUUUAAAAUAUAAAUAGAAAUUAGUUGAUAAACGCUAAAUAUUGACCAGGUGCGUGGGAUAUUAGCUCAAUUGGGCUACGAGAAGAUGGACGAUGUAAUCGGGCGCACAGAUCUAUUAAGGCCAAGGCAUGUCUCCCUGAUGAAGACUCAACAGAUCAAUCUCAGUUACCUCUUAUCUGUACGUAUUCUAGAGCUAUUCUUUUGAAUUUUCUGUCCUAGAGUUGUGAGUUUCUACCAUGCUGGACUUAGCCACUGCAAUUUCGUGUACUAUCUGUGUCCUUUGUUUUCAGAAUGUCGGCCUACCCAAAUGGAGCAGCACUGUCAUAAGGAAUCAGCCAGUUCACACUAAUGGUCCAGUUCUAGAUGACGUCCUGCUUUCUGAUCCUGAGGUAGAAAUACUCAUCUUCUUUACAGAUAAAACAACCGACUCUGUUACUGAUAAAGCAGUUGAACUGUUUGAAUUUUCCAAUGAAUGCCUCGUGCUCAAUUUUACGAGCCCUUUCAUAUAUCUGGGCUACAAACGUCUGUCCACAUUUUCCGAAAUAUAAAGAUUAUUUUAUGUAGAUUACGGAGGCAAUUGAGAAGGAGAAGGUGGUCAAUAAAACCAUCAAAAUCUACAACAUUGACCGUGCAGUCUGCGGUCGGAUAGCUGGUGUAAUUGCGAAGAAAUAUGGGGACACAGGGUUUGCAGGACAACUGAACAUUACGUGAGUUGUUUCCUUCUUAAACACUUUGGCUGGACAGCAGAACAACCGAUUUGUGAUUGUAUUCGGACUUUUUUUUUUCUCGUUGCGUUCAGAUUUAUGGGCAGUGCUGGGCAGUCUUUUGGCUGCUUCUUGACCCCUGGGAUGAACAUCCGACUGGUGGGAGAGGCUAAUGACUAUGUCGGAAAGGUACCAAGAUUCAGACACCCUUCCUAUACCCACUCCCACCCUUUCUAAUACGGUCAACUGACGCUGAAAAUCUUCCAACCAGGGCAUGGCUGGUGGAGAGCUGGUGCUGACUCCACCUGAGAACUUUGGUUUCUGUCCAGAAGAGGCGACCAUAGUUGGGAACACUUGCCUCUACGGUGCAACUGGCGGUCAGCUCUUUGUGAGGGGUAAAGCAGGGGAGCGGUUUGCUGUCAGAAACUCUCUCACCGAAGCAGUAGUCGAGGGCACUGGGGAUCACUGCUGCGAAUAUAUGACCGGCGGCUGUGUGGUUAUUCUUGGAAAGUGGGUAUCUCUUUCCAUUUUCGCCUUAUUGCUAGGUACUAGAAUUCCAGCUCGAAAGAUUCAUGCUUGCCUUUUCUUAUCACAGAGUGGGAAGAAACGUGGCCGCUGGUAUGACUGGUGGUUUGGCCUACAUCCUCGACGAGGAUGACACGCUUCUUCCCAAGGUUCGUGCCAAUGAUUCUCUGACCUAUUUAUCUGAUAUAAAUGAUCUUUCUUUACGAGGAGAUGAGGAGUUUUGUGAUUACUUGACACCAUCUGAUCCCAAAAUUAAGUAUAUAACAUGCUUUCCCACUAUCCUCAUGUUGCUAUAAUUUCUACAACCAUGAGGGGACCAAUUUCAGAAUAAGUGCUAAAAGAGUAGAGAUAAAUUGCAAAUUAAUUUCUCGUCUGGUUCAGUGGAAAUCAAAGUUCUUAUUAUUAAUCCAUGAUCGAGAAUAAGUGUGAUUUUUUGUGUGUGUGUGUAUUCUCCUGUUCGCUCCUUGUGGUAUGCUCUCCUAUCCCUGACUAUUUGUCCAUGCAACAGGUGAACAGGGAGAUUGUCAGGAUGCAGAGAGUCAACGCGCCAGUGGGACAGAUGCAGCUGAAGAGCUUGAUUGAAGCCCAUGUUGUAAGAAUCUUCACUUUACAACUCUCUCCAUGAUCACAGCAGUGAGGCAAAACCUGAGGACUACUUCCUCUUCCCUCUUCCUUCCCCCCUUCCAUCGUAGGAGAAAACCGGGAGCACAAAAGGUGCCACCAUAUUGAGGGAGUGGGAGGCGUAUCUCCCUCUCUUCUGGCAGCUUGUGCCGCCCAGCGAAGAAGACACCCCCGAAGCCAGUGCGGAGAUCCAGAGAGUGCCCACCAAAGAGAUGCAGUCCGCUUGA